AUGGAAUCUCUGUCCUUAGGGCUAUUGGUACAGCAUGGAGAAAGAUCUUUUUCUCUUCCAGCUUCUGGUAGUGCCAGGCAUUCAUUGGCUUAUGGCAGUAUAACUCCAAUUUCUGCCUCUCUUCACAUGGUAGUCUUUUUUUCUGUGUAUCUCUCCUUGUUUUUAUAA